CUUAAUUGUAAGAGUAUUAAAGUGUCUGUUGAUUAAUAAAUCCGUUUAUAAGUCUUGAGAGCAGGCAGAAGUAAACAUUAAUAGUAUUUAAGCCUUAUUCUUGUUAGCAUGUUAAAAUAUCAAUUUGGUUAGAAAAUUGGAGAAGGCACUUUUGCAUAGGUCUACAUCGGAGCAUGCAAUAAUGAAUAAGUAUAGACCUAUUUAAUUAACAUCAGGUCGCUAUCAAGGUGCUCUAGAAAGACUCUCUUAAGACUGAUCGUGACAAAUUUAGAGUCAAUAAGGAAAUCGAAUUACUAAAAAAGGUCAAUCAUCCCAAUAUUGUUAAAAUGAAGGAAGUAAAAAAUCAUUCUAAGAAUAUAGAUUUUAGAAGAUGAACAAUGCAUAUAUUUGAUUACUGAAUAUGUAUCUGGCGGUGAAUUGUUCGAUUAUAUUGUGGAAUAAGAAAUGUAAUUUUAUACUUAUUGUAGACUUCCAGACGGAGAAGCUAGACAUAUUAUCAUACAACUUAUCAAUACUAUUGAUUAUCUGCAUAAAAUAGGCAUUAUUCACAGAGAUCUUAAACCAGAAAAUAUUCUAAUGAGAGAUAAUGGAGAUAUUUGUUUAAUCGAUUUUGGACUAUCUAUGGAAGUCACUAAAGGACAACUAUUAGUAACACCAUGUGGAAGUCCAUGUUAUGCUGCUCCUGAAAUGUUAGAAGGUUAAAACUAUGAUGGAACAAAAACAGAUAUUUGGAGUUGUGGUGUAAUACUUUAUGCUAUGCUUUGUGGUUAUUUACCAUUCGAUCAAGAAAAUACAUAAGUAAUUUAAUUUCUUUUACAUGUAAGGAAUUAUAUGAGAAGAUAAAACAAUGUUAAUAUACUAUUCCAAAUUCAUUGCAUUAAGAUGCCAGAGAUCUAAUCAGCAAGAUAUUAGUUUAUGAAGAUUAGAGAAUAAGUAUAGAAUAGAUUAAAAAUCAUCCAUUUUUAAAAAAUGAUAAUGAUGAGAUUAUUAAUAACGAUGAAUUAUCUAUUGAAUAAAUUGAGUAGUCAUAAGAUUUUUAAGAAAAUAUUGAAGAUUAAAAUAAUUAAGCUUCUCUUAGAUAAUCAUAACAUUAAAAAGAAGAAAAAACUGAAUAUUUUUCACCUAUUUAAGAAAUUUAGAAUAGACCUAGAUAACAUACCUUAAAAAGAGAAUCUAUAAUGAAUGAAUUAGAAGUCAAUAUUAACACUAUAAAACCGAUAAAUAAAUUUGAACUUCCAAUUCAAAGCAAAGAGAAAAAAAAUCUUAAAACAAUAGAUGAAGCAUUUUAAAUUAUUCAAGAAUCUUCAAGAUGGAAGGAUAGAAAAAUGUCAAUAGAACAAUCAUAAUCCUCAAUUUAAUUGCCAUAUAAACCAGCAAUGAAAAUAAACACUAAUAAACCAUAUACUAAAAUAAAGUAUGUACAAACUAUUAGAUAUCGUUAAUGA